AUGAUGCUACCAAAGAUAGAUAAACAUUCAAUUGAUGGUGAUUUGAACUAUGUCGCUCCAAAAUCAUUUCCAAUUGGACCAUUCAAGAGAUACAAGAAGAAUCCGAUAUUGAAACCGAACCCAGACAUUGAAUUUGAAAGCGGAUACUUGUACAAUGCGACUGCAAUUGUAAUUGAUGACAAGGUAUUUCUACUCUACCGUGCCCAAAACAAGAAGAAGACCUCUUCGGUAGGGCUUGCGUGGUCAAAAGAUGGCUUUAACUUCACUAAGUAUCAUAAGCCUAUCAUUGAACCUACGGAGUCUUGGGAGCUGAUCGGAGGCUGUGAAGAUCCUCGCAUUGUAAGAGAUAGUGUCAGUAAGCUAUUUAUCGUUACUUACACAGCAUUUGAUGGUAAAACGGCAAGACUCUGCGUGGCUACAUCAGAGAACUUGUUUGACUGGACCAAGUAUCCAACGUUUGUCAGUCCAUCAUGGAGAGAUGUUGCUUUCAAUUCCAAUCACGAGAUGCUAAUAAGAAAGGAUUGGCUGAAGUCUGGUGCUAUAUUCACAGAAAAAUCAAAGGAUGGCCAUUAUUACAUGAUUUGGGGUGACUCCCACUUAUAUUUAGCAUCCUCCAAGGACUUGAUCCACUGGAAGCCUUUAUCAAACAGUUUUCAGCAUGCUCAAUUUACAAGGCCAAAAUUAAAUCACGAAAGCAAGCUUAUCGAAGCUGGCCCUGCACCGUUCAAAUUAGAUAAUGAUAAAAAUCAGUGGAUCUUUUUCUACAAUGCAUGCACUAAUGGAGGUGAAAAAUUGAGUGCAGAGACUUACUCUAUUAGUGAGAUGUUAAUCGAUUACGAUGAUAUCAAAAGUGGUCCCAUUGCAAGACUUGAUAAUCCUAUCAUGGUACCUGAAUCGAAAAAUGAAGUUGAUGGACAAGUGAAUAAGGUAGUCUUUUGCGAAGGAAUUGUUCAAUUUCAUGAUAAAUGGCUCCUUUAUUUUGGACAAGGCGAUUCUGAACUCGGUGUCGCGGUUGCAGACGUAUAG